AUUAUUUCUGAGCUUCGAGCAAAUGCCCUCAAUCAGCAAAUCUUGGCUUUCCAAGUAGUAUUUGACACUUCCCGUAUCGGGCGCGGCGUUGUAAUUGUCGAAGCCGAAAGGGAGCUACUUCAAUCAUUGACGCUUAAUGGGCGGCUUCUGCUUCGGUUUUCACCCUUCGCUUUGUCUCCUUUUUCUCCUGGCACUUCUGUUUCAUAUUGUCCAUCUUCUUUCUGACCUGUUUCUCCGUCUUUGGCGUUUUGCACAUCCCCGACUGCAAGAAAACUUGCGCCAAUUCCUUUCCUCCCAGACUCUUCUCAGCGAGUGCCUGUUGAAUCAUCAAAGCUGCGAGACCCAUCGUCUCGUCCGACGCCCACCUAGCGACAUCCGUUUUGGGAACAUUCUUUUUCUGCAGAUCGUUAAGAACGGUUUCCGCCCAAAUGCCGUCGUUAUUCUUCAGAUGGUCUACGAUCUCGGCUUCGGUAAUGCAAUCGUCUGCGCCGUCUUCGGACUUGACUCGCUUGUUUCGAUGUUCGGCAGUCAUUGUGCUCAACUUCUACGAAGCGAGAACCGGACGAAGCGAUAUUUUUUGGGCUUCUCCGAGUGCGUGUUCGUGAAACCAGGGCUGUCGGUUUUCAAAUAUGGAGGAGUCUCAAAGAGUGAAGAAAGCAGCACAGAGAAAGGAAACCCGCAACCAUGCCGGGAAAGGUCGCCGAACAAGAAUAGAAGGUAGGGGGGAAACUUUAUGAGAUA